CACACACGCCAGCUCACUUUCCCUCCUCUCUUUUCUCUCCUUCCACUGGGCCCCUUGUCCCUCGGCCCCGGGGGACCCCAGGGCUCUCACCUCUCAGGCCAUCCUCCUCCUCGCCUCCCCCAGCAGCCAUCCUGGCUGGCUAACCCCUCCCCAGCCUGUGCCUUAGUUACUCAUCCCGGUAACUCACCUCCACGGUCACUUAUGUAGCCAUCUUUUCUGCUCUUCUGAGUCCCGAGCACCUCACACAGUGGCUGGCCUGCAGGAGGCACUGGGUAAGUGUUUGUUCAGUAAAAUCUGUCCAUGUGAGUAGGAAAGAGGAGGAGAGUGGGGAUCGAGAAAGAAAUGACCCUCAGACCAGGCGCAGCCUCUUCCAGAGCAGGGAAGCCUUUCCACCCGCCAUCCUGUCCUGCGUCGUAGUCAUGCCGGUCACGGGGCUGCGACUGUCCCUCUGCACAGCAGGGGUCCUCCAACUUCUCUCGGCAACAGGCAGCAUCUUCUUGGCCUCUGCCCUGCAGCUGACCAGCGAAGGCAAGACCUUCUGGCGGGUGGCGGAGGAGCUGAGCUGGUCCAAGGCCCUGGGGUACUGCCGGCGGCACCACACGGACCUGGCCGACCUGCACAGCAUGAGCGGCUGGAGUAGCAUCAAGGCCCUCUACUCUCUCACCAGCAGCCACGAGGCCUGGGUCGGCCUCUUCUUCGACGUGCGCCUUGGUGGCCUGAGAUGGUCCAGCGGCUCUUCCUUCAGCGCGUCGUUGUGGGGCUCGCUGCCCACCUUCAGGGAGGGCCUCUGUGCCACCCUGUAUUCAAUCACCUUUCUCCCCAGCCUGGGGGCAGCCUGGUGCACUGCCCGGAGGCCCUUCAUCUGCUACUACGAUCCCACUGUGGGGGCCCACACCCUCCUGGAGCCAGUUCUCAGCCUGACCGCCACUCCAAAACCAGUUGAGGUUCAGCUUGGCAAUCUGAUCUUCAAGCGAUUUGACCAAGAAAAGAUGUGGCUGGAGGCGUUGGGGUACUGCCGCAGAUACCACACAGACCUGGCUGACCUGCAGACGGUGACUGAGGAGAUGGACGAAGACUUGAAAUCCAUCACGAGUAACACUGAGGCCUGGAUUGGCCUCUACUUCAGUGCAGCCUCUGGGUCUCCGAGGUGGUCCAGUGACAGGGGUUCCAGCAUCCCUAGCUGGCUGCAGCCACCUAAGUUUGGGGCAGGACUGUGUGCGGGUCUCAGUAGGUACUGGAGCUUCCCCUCCAGAAUUUCUGCCGUGACCUGCUUUUCCCUGAAACCCUUCAUCUGCUUCGAUGUGUCUGGUGGGACUUCUCACCAGAGCAGCAUGUCUGGAGUGGCAGACCUGGGGUUGCUGUGUGCUCCCCCACGUCAGCCUUGCUCCCACACUCCCUGCUGGUGUUUUCUUACAGAUCCCACCAUCGGACACCGGGAUCUUGCAGCCCUCCCUCAGCUCUUCCACACGCCCUCCUCAGAAGUGACCGUGGGGAUGACGCCCAGGCCAAGCACCAGCUUCGGACCCGCGGACGCCAUGAAACGUCGGGCUUCGGCGGGGCCUUUCCCACAGCAAGUCAGCCUGGAGCCCGCCGAGCUCAGCUCCAGCACCCUUGGCUCCGGCACCUCCACCUCCGCGGGCCCUGCCGCACCCCAGCCCAGAGGGACAGCGUCUCCGAGCCCUCUGGCCCACGUCCCAGUCCCCGUGGAUGGAGGGCCGUGGACCUCGCCGGUCACCACCCAGAACAUGUCCUUUGGUCCCGCGCCCCCAGCCUCCUCGCCGACCCCUGCCCCAAGCCCCACGGAGCUGGUCCACUGGAGGAGCCCCUCUGUCCCCCAGGGAGUCACUGAGAGCCCCCUGGCCUCCGCCUCCAGCCCUGCUCCAGGCCCCGCGCCCCCGGAGGACUCCGGUACCCAGGGUGGGCCCGGGAGGCCGCGGGAGGACGCAGCGGGCCCCUCGCUCAGCUCCACCCGCGGGGCCUCGGCUCACCCAGGGGUGACAGUGACCUCUGGGGCGGCCACAUCCAGCGGGUCCCGCGGUGCCGAACCUCCAGGGACCAAAGAAAGCACCGUGGAGCCUUCCAGCUCAGGAAGCUCAGCUGUGCUCCAAAGAACAAACAUGACCCGGAAAGGGCCAGCCCAGAGCCAGGCUGCAGGCCCGGAGACAGCUGGCAGCCGGCCAUGGCCCGACACAGGUGCCCGCCCGCCGGGGGGUUGGGGACCCCGGCCUGGAGCCUGGCUCCUCCUUUGGGGAGACCAAGCCCUAGUUUCCAUGCCGCAGCCACCAGUCAGGGAGAGACACUUUAUGAGGGAUGAUGAUGUAGCCACUGGGUACAUGAGCCUGUGGGCUGUGACAAGUGAAAGGAGUGGCACCAAUAUGACAGACACAGCUCCUGCCACUCAGGCCCAACACUGGAGCUCAGCUAAUCACCCAGAAUCUAAGGAAAAAACUCCAGCACCGAAACCAGGGCAACUCUUUGGAAUCCUCAAAGCAGAUUUUCUCAUCUCAGUUCUGAUGGACCCAGAAGACAUGAAAGACCAAUUUUUGAGUGAGAUCCAAGAUGUCUUAAACCUUACAUUAGGUCAUGAGCAAUUCAGACUGAAAUGGGUCGGCUUUGAAGUGAACAAAAAAUAACACGUCUACCGUGAUCUGGAGUCUCCUUGCACAAUUUUCCCUGGAUUUUG